AUGGCACCCCUCGCUAUUUCUGUACCCGACGCUCCGGGUUCACCACAUGCAACCCGAGGCAAGUUUGCCUUUUAUGGUAAUCGACAACGGGAUAGUGAGAACAGUAGCCUUGCACCAGGUACCUCGACAAGUGAUGCAUCACCUUAUGCAUCACCUAUGACUUCACCGUCAAUGUCUCCGUUAGCAUCUCCUCGGGUUCAAAUAGUACCGUUUGGAUCCGCCUACCGACAUACUCGCCAACCCUCUGAUGAGUCUCUGUCACAUUUACCUCCUUUGCCAGUUUCACCAAGAUGGGAUUCAAUGUCAAACCCUUCAAGAUUUAUUCUUGGGCAGUCAAUAUCACAACGAGCAGGAUCACCUUUUGACUCUCCGCACUCGCCCUCACCUUUAAGCUACGAUACUGCGGCAAGCACUCCUGUCGAAUCUCGAAACACGUCUCCGACAUUUCUGACAUCCAAAUCAUCACUGGCUGACCUGCGCGCCUACGACAACCUUCCACCCACCGUGGAGAACUUCUCGCGGCCGCGGAAGCAAAGUAUCCGCCAGCCAAUGACAGACGCGGCUAAGCCACGACCAGUCCACAGUACCCUGGCUACCGCUACCGCUACCGCGACUGCGACCGCUACAUCUCCCUCUACCCCCGGCCUCAAUCCCGCCGACCAGUACCUGGAGCUUGUAUCACCUUCGCAACAUCCCUUAUGGCCUCCUCCUCCACGUCCCCGCGGUCCUUCAGUUUCAUCUUGUCAGUCUUCAUCUACUUACCACUCGGUCCUCUCUCCACCUUCCAACGACUUUUAUGAGCCUCGAGCGCCCCGUGCUCGGACGGCCAAUGGUGCGACAACUUCCGCCGCACGGCCACCAUUAAGCUACUCCAACCCAGGGUCGGCCUCACCGAGCCCUGUCGUCGCCCCGUGGAUGAGUGGUGAAGAAUUUAGAUCGAGCUUUCGCUCUCAAUUCACAGAAUCUACUGCUCCAGGAACUGCAGUCACCGAGAGAAGUAGUGUCCUUACCAAGGACAGCUCCGUUACAUCGUUAUAUCCGAGCCCUGAAGGAGAAGGGGAGCCAGAAGCCAACCCUGAAAACGACAACGACCCCGAACACGACGAACCGAGUCUUGAGGAUGUUAUGGGCAUGUACGAGCAAGGUUUCGACGACGACGAAGACGACGUACACUACCCUGAUCAUCACAACAGGAAUUCUCGACCCGUGACAUCAACCUCAGACAUGGAUCAGCGACACAGCAUCAGAGACGAUGCAGAUGACGAGGACUUUCCUCAACGCAAGGUUCAAGAGUCCAACUCGACACUUGACAUGGAAAUUCGAAUGUCCAAGAUGAUCUUCACCCACCCAGCCUUCACAUCAUCAGUUCCUCAUAUCGCCGAAAAUUACGGUCGUGGAAUGAACGAAAAGCGAGAUUCGACCAAGUCUUUGGACUCUGAGCCCUCUCUUAAUGAGCAACCUUCUUCCGCUGUCGAACCAACUCCUACAAGCGCACCACCUGUCUCCGCGUCCCUCUCACCCCCCGCACCUGAACCAACACCGACAGCAGCACCCGCACCCAUUCCCGAGCCUCAGCCUGCACCUGAGCCAGUAUCCGCACCUCCCCCACAUGUUAUUGCACCUGAACCCGUCGAGCCUGAGGACCCUGGCUCUCGUGACCGAUACGGCUUCAAGAAGGAGAACCAGUACGUGACGCGGAAGCAAUACGAUGCUUGGAAUGCUGGAUACACCGAGUACCUGGCACGCCGUCGGAAGAAGUGGAAUGCCUACCUCAAGGAUAAUGCUCUGAUGACAGAUCACCCCAACCGGUUCCCUGCUCCCAACGCGAAGACAAAACGAUUCGUUCGCAAGGGCAUUCCUCCGGAAUGGCGCGGUGCAGCUUGGUUCUACUAUGCUGGUGGUCCCGCCAUUCUGGCAAAGCACUCAGGUCUCUACGAUAAGCUAACAACUAAGCGAGCUAAGGACGUUGAUGCUGAAGCUAUCGAGCGAGAUUUGCAUCGGACAUUCCCUGACAACAUUAAGUUUAAGCCUCCCGGCGGGAUGGACACGGCAUCAAGCAGCGCUAGAGAAAGCCAGUCAACAAUGUCGGACUCUACUCAUGGCUCUAGCCCAGCCCCUCCCAAUGUGGAGGGAGAGACACCAAUCAUCACUUCUCUUCGCCGUGUGCUUCACGCAUUUGCUGUCUACAACCCCCGGAUCGGAUACUGCCAGAGCUUGAAUUUCCUUGCUGGUCUUCUCCUUCUGUUUGUUGACACUGAGGAGCAAUGCUUUUGGCUUCUCAAUGUCAUUACACGCAUCUACCUUCCUGGUACCCAUGAGAUGAGUCUCGAGGGCUCCAAGAUUGAUCUGGGCGUUCUCAUGACUGAGAUGCGCACCUCCAUGCCUGCCGUCUGGGACAAGGUUGGUGGCGAGCUUGAGGCUGAUCCCAACUCCCGACCCUCGACAAGCAAGUCGAUCCGCCUCACUCGCUCGCGUCGCAAGGAACUCGCACGCAUGUCAACACCAACCGAUCGACUUCCACCAAUCACUCUUUGCAUGACAGCUUGGUUCAUGAGUUGCUUCAUUGGAACGCUUCCAAUUGAGACUACUCUCCGAGUGUGGGAUGUCUUCUUCUACGAGGGCUCCAAGACUCUGUUCCGCAUUGCACUGGCCAUCUUCAAGCUAGGCGAGAGUGAGAUUCGAGCUGUGGCCGAUCCUAUGGAAAUGUUUGGUGUCGUGCAAUCGAUGCCACGCCGGCUGAUCGACGCUAACGCCCUCAUGGAGGCUUGCUUCAAACGACGGAAUGGCUUUGGACACCUAAGCCAGGUCCAGAUUGACGAAAAGCGUCAGCAACGUCGAGCCAAGGCACAGCUGGAUCGAGUCCGUCAAGGCAAGACAUGGAACGUGGGAUAA